UCCCGACUCGCAUAAUGCAGUAAUAAUAAAUAUUAACAUCUGUUGUAAAGAUUCUGUCUAAUAAGUCGUACGUAACGAUUUCAGAAAAGUUUAUUUGCAACGCGGCAUGCAACAGUUUGGACUCAAUCGGCGCUUCGACUGUGUUUUUGAAUGGACUGUUGCAUAUGAAUCCAUCGAGGGAAAUCAAAGACCCAUAUUCGGCCCAUUCAUUCACUUCUCGCCAACAGCCACGCCUGGUUAUAGUACACACUUUCACACCGACCACUAGGAGUCGAGAGUCGAAUCCGAUCUGGAUUUUUGUCGGAAAUGUGAUGAGAGGGGAAGUACAAGUAUAUUAAUGACAUAAUACAGUAACUUAUUUUAUGUUAAUUGGUUCUGAAGUUAUUUUCGGCUAAACCAUCGAAGCAAACAAAAGUGACGGAAAAUAACGUGCUAUACGGUAGUUGUACAAUACCAUUAUUAUAAUUACAGUAUAGUCUGUACUAUAAUGAUAGUAAAUUUAGUAUCACAAUUUUGUACUUACUCGCGUAGAGUAUCCUUUAGUUCGUAGGACUGUGUCACCUGAGGUCUGAAUUAGAGUUAGUUUAGAGUCUAGACACAUCGACUUUAUGCUUUCUUUAGGAGUGCUUUUUUCUUAUUGUUAGUUUUAUUUACAGUAACGGGUUAGCAUUGUGUUACCAACCUUGUCCUUGCUUCACUUUUUCACAGCAUGCCUGACAGUGUACGCUGUAAUCACUGUAAUGUUUAAUUAGAUUUAACACUGUUGGAAGUUGUCGGUGACUUUUAAUUUUUUUUAUUUUCAAAAUGCCGAGGUUUCGACUGACGUUUCCUGUUCGAGUAUCUCUUUUUAUUCACCAUAUCCCUUUGGCUGCUGGAGUCGUUUUUGCCGUCGCCAUAUUGAUCUCUUAUGUGUGGGCAGUGCUGAAUGAUCAUGUUCCCCCUAUCUUCCCGUACAUUAGCGACACAGGAACAUUCGCCCCGGAAUCCUGCUUUUUUGGUCAGCUGUUAAACAUUGGCGCUGUGCUGGUUGCGUUGACGGUUUAUUUACGUUACAUUGAACUUCGCGAUUUCGUGCAUGUCGAUAAUUUUCCUCGUUUCGGAUGUUUAAGCAGACUGUCCGUAACACUGGGCUUGAUCAGUUCAUUCGGAGUUAGUCUUGUUGCCAAUUUUCAGGAGGUUAAUCAAAUUGAACUGCACAUCGUCGGUGCUAAUAUGGUUUUCGGCCUGGGAGCCAUCUACAUGUGGGUGGAAACCUACAUUACCUACAAAAUUCACCCUGGACGAGAGUCCAAGUGGAUGUGCCAUUUCCGGUUGAUUUGUGCAGUUGUUGGAUUGUUGGCGUUUGUCAACAUGAUGGUUACCAUUGCUGUCGCUUUCCAUUAUUACAAGCCUUUGGACAAUCGACAACCGGUUUACUGGCUACCGGAGGAUGGCGGAUGGGAAUGGCACACUGCCAGUUCGGUGUCGGAAUGGGUAGUUGCUACGAUGGAAGUGCUGUUUUUUUCGUCGUACACAAAAGAAUUUAAGCGCUUCAAACUUAUUUUCCCCAAACUAGUCCUGGCUGAAGCCACACCAUCCGACAGUAUUUGUGAAAGCUCAGAUACGGAACCAGUGUAUCCCAGUUUUGCUGCCGUGUAGGUUGUUAUCUCGAGCUAUACUGCAAAUUGAUUAGCUUUGUGAUUUUUACACACUCGUCGAUUUUGUUAUUCUCGUGCAAUAUUAGAGGGUCAGUAUAAAUUGUAGUUGAUUGUUA